ACACUAAAUUAAUAAAUGACAAUUUCAAGCAACAAAAAAAAACAAGAGAUGAAAAAUUCCUGAAUUGUACACAAUAGUAUAGGAGGACAGUGCAAACACAACUGGCGAUCCCGCUCAAGCAGCCCGGACGCUGCCCACGCCAGUACUGAUAAGUACGGGCCGAGACAGAAACCCUGAAGGGAGUGUAGCAACAAUUGUUAUUUUCCGUCUAGCCUUUGGUGGGGGACACGAAAUCAGCCGCGUUCGGUUUUUAAUUAAAUUAAAGGGAAAAACCGAUACGAUAGCGCGCGGAUUGACGGCGAGGUCACACACUGUGCUAUGGUCUUUAUUCGCGAUCCCUGUGGCAUUGCCUGUCUGGUGAUGACUUACGGCGCUGUACUGUACGCUGACUAUGUGGUCAUUCGUUGGAUUAUCCUCACCACUAUGCCCGGAAGCAUCUGGACCUCGUUCCAUGUUGUCCUCUUCAAUACGGUCGUCUUCCUACUGGGCAUGUCCCAUACCAAGGCCGUCUUCUCCGACCCGGGCAUCGUACCCCUGCCGGCCAACCGCUUGGACUUCUCGGAUCUGCACACCACAAACAAGAACAAUCCAGUAGGCAACGGACACAGCAGCGAAUGGACAGUCUGCACUCGCUGCGAGACCUAUCGACCUCCGCGGGCCCACCAUUGCCGGAUCUGUAAGCGGUGCAUCCGCCGAAUGGAUCACCACUGCCCCUGGAUCAAUAAUUGCGUGGGCGAACGCAACCAAAAGUACUUCCUACAGUUUCUCAUUUACGUGGCCGUUUUAUCGCUUUACUCCCUGGGCCUAAUUGUUGCCUCUUGGGUGUCGCCCUGCGAGGAAUGCAAUCAGAAUGUGAUUGAGUCACAAUUGAGAAUGAUUCAUUCCGUCAUCUUGAUGCUGGUGUCGGCUCUGUUCGGGCUCUUCGUUACCGCCAUUAUGGUCGAUCAACUGCAUGCUAUUCUGUACGAUGAGACGGCCGUCGAGGCGAUACAGCAGAAGGGAACCUAUCGGCCAAACCGACGCAAAUAUCAGCUGCUGGCCGAUGUGUUUGGACGUGGCCACCCGGCGCUGUGGCUGCUGCCGUGCACCAGCCUCAACCACGCCUCCCGCUACCACGACACGCCCCUGCUUAGCCACGAUGUCUAGGCCGUGCGUGUGUUUGUGUGUGAUACGCAUAUGCAAACCCCAUUAUAGCCUUCCGGAUAACUUGAAGUCCCUCCUUUUGUUUCCGUAUGAAUUGUGUGCUUCUGUGCGUGCGCAGCCUCAGAGUGUUUUAGUUUUUAAUUUUCGUGUGAUUUUUUUAAGUAGUCCAGCACGUGUAACUUCACCGUACAGAAAGUCAGAUCGAUUCCAGUUACGGAAUAUGUAUUAUUCGCCGAUUCCAGACUUAACUUAAUUUAUGCUUUAGUUUAUAAUCAAUUGAAAUUAUAAAUAUAUGUAGAAGAAGCAGGAUAGCUGAGCCAGGGAGAGUAGCAUACUCAAGACGGAUGCGGAUAUUUUAUAAACCACUUUUUGCAA